CGAAGUAAAAGAAAUUUUAUAAAUCGGCAAAAAUCGCAUUAAAACAUACCAAUUUUUAAUCAUUAAUAAUAUGUAAACGAUAUAUAACGAAGUACUAUGGAUAAUGACUUACCGUGUAAAGAAGCAGCUCUUCUAGCUGGACAUCAAGGGCCUGUUCGUGCCGUGAGAUUCAACUCCGAUGGAAACUACUGCAUAACAUGUGGAAGUGAUAAACUCGUAAAGCUUUGGAAUCCACAUCGCGAGGGCGGAAAGUUCCUUAAGACAUACAGCGGCCAUGGUUAUGAGGUGUUGGAUGUGGUAGCUUCCGGUGAUAGUGGUAGGCUGGCUAGUUGUAGUGCUGACAGGACGGUAGUGUUAUGGGAUGUCAGCACAGGGCAAGUGAUACGAAGAUACAGAGGACAUAUUGCUAAAGUGAAUGCUGUCAAGUUCAACCAGCCUGACAGUACAGUGAUCAUGUCUGCUUCAUAUGAUGCUACAGUCAGGUGCUGGGAUACUAGAUCUCGUAGUCAAGAUCCUAUUCAAAUCAUUGAUGACGCUAAAGACAGUAUUGCAACACUUCAAGUCUCACAGCAUGAAAUACUCACAGGGUCAGUGGAUUGCAAGAUCCGUAAGUAUGACAUACGCAUGGGAUCACUGGUAGUAGACUUCCUUGGAGAGCCAGUCACUUGUGUGGCUAUUUCCCAGGAUAGCCAGUGUAUAUUGUCAUCGACUCUGGACAGUACCAUACGACUGCUGGACAAAGAAACAGGAGAACUUCUCAAUGAGUUCAAAGGACACAAGAACAAGGACUACAAAGUUGACAGCUGCUUCACAAACACAGACACCCACAUCAUUAGUGGCUCAGAAGAUGGUAAUAUUUAUUACUGGGAUCUCAUUGAAGCAAAGGUGGUACAUACCAUAGAUAAGGCACAUCGCUCAGUAUGUUACUCACUCUCCUACCAUCCUAAAGAACCAUGUAUGAUAACGGCAUCAUCUGACGGAGCUGUCAAGGUUUGGCGGCCCAAGAACUGGGAACCGGAGUAAAUGCCAAAGUGAUUCAUACUAUAGAUAAAGCACACCUUUCAGUAUUUCACUCAUUCUUCUACCAUUUGAAAGAACCAUGUAUGAUAACGGCAUCAUCUGACGGAGCUGUCAAGGUUUGGCGGCCCAAGAACUGGGAGCCUGAAUAAAUGCCAAAGUGAUUCAUACUAUAGAUAAAACACACCUUUCAGUAUUUCAUUCAUUCUCCUACCAUCCUAAAGAACCAUGUAUGAUAAUGGCAUCAUCUAACGGAGCUGUCAGGGUUUGGUGGCCCGAGAACUGUCUAUAUAUGAAAUCAGUUCAUUGGAGUGAGCAUGGACGUGUAAGCAUAUGCAAUCUUUCAAUAUCCAAGGAUCAGGGAAGAAAGUGACUCUCCCACAAAUUAGUUUACUGGAUGAUUUUUUAGAAAAACGAUAAAAGUUUGAAAAUACAAAAGAAGCUUUCACAAAAUAGGUAUAUCACAAUAUUUUGUUGCUGCAUUUAUUUUCAAAAAAAUUAUUCAAUUCUUCCAUUGAAAAACUGAAUGUAUAACAAUCUAAAAUCUAAAAAAAUUACUUAAAGUAAUUAUAAAGUGCAAAUCAUAUACCCCUGAAUAGACCCCUUCACGGUUCCCUGCGCCAUCUUGAAAGGUAGCUGGGCCUUUGUACCGAAGCGAGACGAACAGUGAGCUUGCAAUGAUAGGGACCUGUGAAUAAUUGUCCAAGGUGUUAAAAAAAGGUCUCUAUCAUUGCAAGCCUACUGUUCGUCUCGCUUCGAUGCAAAGGCCCGGCUAUCUUUCAAGAUGGCACAGGGAACUGUGAAGGGGACUAUUAGCACAAAAACUUGAUAUUAACUAAACACAUCUAUUUCUUUUGCUUUCAGUUGUUGCAUUGGUGCUAUUUUGUACUAAUUAGUUAGUACUAUUUUACAGAUAUAUGGUUGCACUCUACUGUAUUCAGUUAUAAUAAUUUCUUAAUAAUAGUUAUAGCAAUUUUUCCUGGACUUAAAGAUAUCAGCUAUAGAUUAUUAUUUUUUCAUUGAAAACAUUUAUAAGAGUACUGUAACUCUUGCAAGGAAGCAUUCAUUUCUUAAUGAACACCUUUUUUAUAAAAGUAAAGGUUUCAUCCUUUUGUUGUACAAAAUCUAAUGCAUUAUGAAAUAACUCUCCUGAGAGGUAGAAUAGAAUUAUUUUCUUUCAUUCCCAGCAUUUUCUCAUAAAUCCCAGCAUUUUACAUUAUCUUAAAUAUCAUUUUAACUCUAGAACAUUUUUCACCUUCUACUUGUUGGUGUACAAAAAUAGUUCACUACCGCACCCCCCACAGAACACCAAUUCAAUUACAACCCACCCUACCUUAAAAGCAUGAAUGCUUUCCCGCAAGGCUCUUACUCCUAUUUAAUAAAGAAUUCAACUAAAAUUCAACUAAAAAAAUAUAAA